GUCGAAAAGGUAAACAACAGACAGCGUGGUUUGUUUUCCGCUCCAAUCGAACCCAAAAAAAGGUAACUAUUUCGCGCUUGUUGCAAUUAAAUUAGUUAAAAGUGAUUUGAACUCCGUGCUGUUGAGUGCGAAUGAUUAUUACAACGAAGGCGCUCGCUGUAUUACCGCAUUCCGGGCUCCAAACGACGCAUCGCUCUUUGCUUGCACGUCUCAGGCAUUACUUCAAGAACAUGCUCUGUCCGGAUCUGCAUCCUCCGGCAACUGUGCGGGGAAUGAAGCAACUGGACCGUUCGGCUUUCUCCAAAACCAUCAAAGUGCCUCAUCUGCUUGUGCCUAAGGACAAAAAUCUGAACGAUAUCUGUCGGGCUAGCAAGAAGUACCUGCUGAAAAUGGAACGCUACAAACCGGUAAUAACGGAACAGUACAAAAUAACCCUCCACCCGCUGGCCGUACAGAAGUGGGAAGAUUUAGCUGAGCUGAACCUGGAAAAGUUAGACAUCGGUAGUGAGGCGCUGGUUUGGGAGGAAAUUCAACUGAAGUAUGAGAAUUGGAAGUAUGAUGAAAUUUUCAAAGCCGUUCUGCCGGCCGACAAGGAAGCACUUUCAUCGUUCAGCAAAAUUGGCCAUAUUAUUCAUCUGAACCUGAAGGAUCACCUGCUGCCGUACAAGGAGUUGAUUGGGCAGGUGAUUUGUGACAAAAUAGCGGACUGUCGGACGGUGGUGAACAAAUCGCUCUCGAUCGAUAACACCUACCGGAACUUCCAGAUGGAACUGCUCUGCGGAGAGCCCGACUAUCGUGUGUCGGUGAAGGAGAAUGGAUGUCUGUUUGAGUUUGACUUUUCCAAAGUGUACUGGAACCCUCGUCUUUCUACCGAGCACGAGAAGAUAGUGAAAAUGCUCGCCAAAACCGACACUCUGUUCGAUCUUUACGCCGGCGUUGGCCCGUUCACCGUGCCUUCAGCACGUCGCGGAUGCAAGGUGCUGGCAAACGAUCUCAACCCCGACUCGUACGAAGCGUUGGUGAACAAUUGUGCAUUGAACAAAGUGUCCAAACACGUGACAUGCCACAACAAAGAUGCGGUCGAUUUUAUUAAGCACGAGGUCAAACAAGCUUUGCUGGAAAAGUGUACAGAUGAGAGUAUGGAAGGAGACAUUCACAUUACCAUGAACCUACCGGCGAUGGCGGUGGAGCAUUUGGUACACUUUCCAGGGUUGCUUAAAGGCGAGGAUGUUGUCCUGCGCAAACAACCGCUCGUGCAUGUGUACUGCUUUGCGAAAGGGGUCGAAGAUAAGAAGCAGAUCGCGCGCGAGCUCGUAGAACAUUGGAUUGGGACGGAUGUGACGGAUAAGCUAAAAGAAAUAGCCUUCGUGCGCAAUGUGGCCCCUAACAAGGACAUGAUGCGAGUUAGUUUCUACCUUACGGAAGAUUUACUGUUGGGUCGCAUUGCGGUUAAAAAACGACAGCAUGAAGAGGAGGACUCGCCGCAAUCGGAAGAGGCUAAGCGACCAUGCAACCGCUAGAACAAAUCAACAGUAUGGCCAAGAAAGCGAACAAGAUGAAGGACCAGCGAAAGCAGUUGGCGAAGAAAGCGAAAACUGUGUUCUCGGUAUCACAGGCCAAAAAGGGCAACCUUAAAAAAACGAAGGAAGUUUCGAGCAACCUUAAAAAGAUCCAGGUCAACGACAAGCGCGAAAAGGUGGAUAAAAAAUUUGAGGAUCUGCACGCUCAAAUCGUGUCGAAAAAGGCUGCCAAACCAGCACCGAAACCUCUUCCGGUAAAAAACAAAAGCAAACCGGACACAAAAAAGAUCGAAGCCGAUCUGAACGAAAUGCAGAUGUAGAAAUAAAUCCGUUAUAGAAAGCGAAUCACCUAAUUGCCAUGUGGUAAUGCAUCCGAAAGAAAAAUCUUAUUGGAAUUAAUUUGAAAGUUUCGAUUCGUAUUAGGCAGCGGAGACUCUACUGUAAUUGAAACGACAGCUUGACAGAGCGGUGACAGUUCAACGUAAACAAUAAAUAUAUUCCACCUCGUUCGGCGAGUACGCGCUUGCAGCAAAGCAAAAGGUUCCUUUCACACGCGCAACUCUAGCACAGCCAUGGCGUCCGAAAUUCCCGAACGGCUAAUCAUCGGACCGAAGGAAGGUGUAACCUAUCCGCUAACGGUAGCGUACUGUGGCAACUGCUCCAUGCCGCUCGAGUACUGCGAGUACUACCCGGACUACGAAAAAUGCAAACAGUGGCUGGAAAAGCAUCUGCCGGAUGAGUUCGAGCGCAUGAAGAUGGGUGCGACGGGCGGCGGCGGCGGUGGCGAUAAGGGUGGCACCGGCGCAGGUGCCACCUCGAACGCUGCCGGUGAACCGGCCGGGGAUGGCGCGGACGACGCGAAGAAACCCCAGAAGCGCGGCGGCAAGGGCAUGAUGAAAACGAAAAAGGCGAAGGACGACGUGCCGAAGAAGAUAACGCUGUCCCGGUCGGCACGGGGCAAGCGGAAGUCCGUCACGGUGGUGACCGGUCUGGCGACGUUCGAUAUCGAUCUCAAGCUGGCGGCCAAGUUUUUCGGCACCAAGUUUGCGUGCGGCUCGUCCGUCACCGGGGACGACGAGAUCGUGAUUCAGGGCGACGUUAAGGACGAGCUGUUUGACAUCAUCCCGGAAAAGUGGCCCGAAAUUGAUGAGGAUUUCAUCGACGAUCUGGGCGAUCAGAAGCGUUAGGGUGGUGGUGUGCGCGCGGGGAGAGCGGCAAGGCUUUUAGGGAACAACUCGCCGCAACAAACAACAACAACAAACACUACUUGGCUGUUGCAGAUGGUGAUACUGUGGUUCGAGUCUUUCGCGCAGGAAGCUUACUGUACUGAGGGCAAAUUGCUGCUGUAAUUCGCUGCGUAGCAACGGAAAGGAACGGAACGGCGCGUAAAGUCAUUUAAAUGUAAAAUAAACACAGAGCCAUGUGCUUUUACAAUGGAAA